ACAAUUCUUUGUGCGACUCGGAAGGCAGCCUUCGAGGAGCGCAGUGAAAAAGAUAUUGUACGACAAGCAGGCAAAUUGCAGCGAUAUGUCCGAGACGUCAAACCCUUUUCAAGUGUGUGUGCAUGCGCGUGUGCGUGCGUGCGUGCCUGCGCGUGUGGUAGAGUCGCGUAAAACAUUUCUAAAAUCGGAUUUCGUUAUUGUUAUCAACGUAGACAACAUCGUCGGCGAUGGGCAAGCAGAUAAUAACGACGCGUGGUUGGUCGUUAGGAAGGGAGUGUAAUCAGUCGAAUGUACCAUAAAUGCGCAAACUGCUACUCAACAAGUAGUUUAACGUAUUUCAGUAAAGAAGUCGCAUCGAAGGUCGGUGUUUGAACGGUCAGAAUCUUAGCAAUAUCGUCGCGAAAUGAGUAGCAGUCGUCUUUCCAGAUGUUACGCGUGGAUCGUGUUGCUAGCAAUGUGCUUCCCGAUUAUUUCUGGGCUUCUCGGGAACGGUGAGUCAUUUGCGAGCAACUCGUCGAAUGCUGUCCACUCGUACGAAAUUGAUCCAGGAGCACAAUCACCCACGGGAAAAGAUCAGCGAUGGUUCCGAGAUGCCGGCAGACGUUACAGCACGGUACUCGAGGACCACACCACUCGAGAUGGCGAUCAAGAAGAUUUUCCCAGAGAUUUAUUCACCGACGAACAACGUCGACACGGUGCUCUACUAUUGCAUGUCUUCCUCGGAUUCUAUUGUUUUCUGUUGACGGCAUUCGUCUGCCACAAUUAUCUGUUACCGGCACUCGAUCGGAUUUGCGUUAGCGCAAACAUCAGUACCGAUGUUGCUGGCGCGACUUUCCUUGCGAUGGCCAGUUCUUUGCCCGAAUUGUUCGUAAACGUGAUCGGAACUUUCCUCACCGAAUCGGACAUCGGAGUCGGUACUGUUGUCGGUAGCGCCGUAUUCGAUACGUUUGCAACUCCGGCUGUCGGAGCAUUGGCGGCUCUUCACGCCGUACCGUUAGAGUGGCGUGUAUUAACGCGAGAUUGCGUUGUCUUUAUAAUAUCGGUUGGAACGUUGGUGAUAAUAAUAUGGGAUGGUCGGAUCGUAUGGUACGAAGCAGUAAUUCUAUUAGCGGAGCUCCUUAUUUACCUAAUCGUACUGUUCUGUGCGAAACGAGUGGUGCGUUCCUGCUCCGAUGGAGUUUCAAGUUCCACAGCGACGUCAUCGAAUAUCGACAAUUCAUUGGCAGAAGGUUCGUACCAGCCGUAUCUUGGUGAACAUUCCGUUUCAAAUUCGAAUGCCACCGAGUCGGUACAACGACGAGAGGAGACCAAGGAUCCGGAGAGUUUGGCCAAUUCCAAGAAAUCGGAAGACCAUCAGGAGCAACCAGAAAAUUUGUUCGCGUGGCCAAAGGAACGGAGCGCAUCGGCAAAAUUUUGGUUUCUCCUGGUUUGGCCAUUGAAGUUUCUGUUGUUCGUAACAAUACCGGACACGAGAUGCGAGCAAUUGAGAAAUUGGUAUCCACUGACGUUCAUUAUGUGCGUCGCGUGGCUAGCGGUAUCCUCCUAUUUGGUUUCCUGGAUGGUGACUGUUAUCGGCGACACCAUAGGCAUCCCAGACUCCAUUAUGGGCCUUACGUUCUUAGCCGCUGGUGGAAACAUGCCUGAAAUGUCAUCUAUCGUGAUUUUAGCAAGACAAGGUGACGGAAACAUGGCGAUGAGCAACACCCUGGGAGCAAAUAUUCUAGACAUUUUACUGUGUCUGGGUCUGCCGUGGACAAUAAAGUGUCUAAUGACAGGGAGUGACGUGAAGGUUUUAUCGGGAGCCCUGUCGUACAGCAUACUAUCCAUAAUCGGCUGUAUAAUCAUACUUUACGCGGUCAUUGCUGUCUUUAGGUUUCAUUUGAACAAGAAAGUAGGAUUCAUUUGUCUGUUCUUGUAUACGGUAUUUUUAGUCUUUUCAAUUCUGGCCGUAUUAAACGUUUUCGAUUGACGACGCGAUUAACCACUGUGGUGCAUUUUACAUGUAUUUUCCGAAAUUCCGUGAUCACGUUCUCCGCUACCACAGUCCUGGCGUUUCCCGGCAUUCAGCCAAUCAUGCUCCAACGAGCGUCAGCCGUGCACGGUACGAACCAAUUUUUUAUUUAACCUGAUCCUCGAGGUCAUUCGAAGGCCAUCGUGCGGUGGGUCCUUGAACUACACGAGUCAACGAUAGCACGAAAAUAGUAUUGAAAUUGAUUUUUCAUGUGGAUUUCAAUGUUCCCCCCGUUCCUCUUACGCCACGAGCCACGAGCCACGAGCCACGAGCCACGAGCCACGAACAAGCAAAGUGGCCUUUCUUAAUCGAACCUGAACAACUUGUCGCGCACGGUACAAACACUAAUAGAGUUCUCUUCCAGCUUGGUCAUUCUAUUCUCGAAAUAUGCGUCAGUUUAGAUUGCCGAAGCAUAAAUAAUAAACGCUCGUAAUUCAAGAAAGAACACAGUACCCUCGAAACGAAGAUGGAUCUCUCGUCCGACGGUGGUAGACGGUGAUAGCAGUUCAACGACGAUAGCCUCGGAUAAAGUUACUAUUCAGGAGAAAAGUAGGUCAUGUUUAUCAGAAAAUUCAAACAGAUCGGGCAUAAUCGUUUAGGAUACGGAGAUGCUGAGUUAGCUUCGGCUGUCCAUUCCUAACGAACAAUCAUUUAUUUUCCCAUUCGACGAAGAAACCCACGAAUCAACGGAAACGUUUAAACACCGUAGUCGUUGAACUCUGUAAAUUACAAGUUUUACCAUUCAGUUUUAUGGUUAGAGAAAUUUUAGCGACCUUAAUGAAACGUUAUUGAAACGGCAAUUUCACGUUGGGUCGCGUCGCGGAGAAUUUGUCUAAACAGGUACGACGGAAGCAGAGGAAAGCAAUGUCAGGGUCGAUGGCGUAUAUUGCCAUCACUGUAUACAAAUUCAAUUGCGUAUUCGAAUAUUCGAUACAUUUCUGUAGAGCGUAUACAAUCGAAAUGAGCACGUACCGCCUAUGUUACUGAUAAUCGAUUAGAAAGAAAAGAAUACGGUAUGUUGCUUAGACAUAUGCGUGGCAUGGUCCCACCCACCAACAUGUGAAAUUCUACAUAUCUAUUGUAGGUAGAUGUACAGACGCGACGAGCAUCGUUUAUUCGAAGAAUUCAGGACAAUAGAGAUUCGGAUGUUUCGAUUGGUUCUCGUCGGGUCAUUGGUUCUUCGCAGCUCCAUUCCUUGCUUACGUGUGUACUUUACGUCGAUCCGUUGAUUUCAAUCGAUUUAAUCAGUUAUAUCGGCUCUCAUUGUGAUUAACACUGUUCUUUGUGUGUCUCGGCGCGAUGGCUACUCGAUAAUGACUAACCGCGUAAACAAAAUGCGAUAGCCAGGUAACACGUAGGUGUUAUUAACGAGAUAAGAUAACUUACAAGCGAUUGUGUAACGAUAAUAUAAUAAUAACCGUUGAAAUCCACGGGACAAGUCGUCUCCGCUCCAUUGGAGAUUCGGAAAUUGCUAUUUCCUUCUCCGUGGGGUCUCGUCGAAUCUCGUGAUCGUCGAUAAACGAGUUAAAUGAACGAUACACGCGUCUAUUUUGCUAGCUACGAGGUAAAAUAAAUAUCUGUGCGGUGUCGGGAGAAUUGCAAGAAACGUAACGGUAGUGUACGACAAACACACGCAUCUCCACACACAUGCACGCGCACGCGAAAAUGAAACAAGACGAGACGAAUACUCGUGCAAAAUGAAAAAGGCGUCAAGUGGAUUUGUCAGGCUGGAAACAUUUUCGGUGCACGUUGAAAUAUAAUUUCCUGAAAUUUCCGAACGAUUAGGUCAGUCGCAUACUGUCGCAAAUUGCCGAUAAUUCGUUCAAUGCCAUACUUGUUUGUAACACUGUCAUUCGAAAUAUGUAGUAAGUAACGAAAUAAAGAUUUGAAAAACAGAGUUGUCGCUGAAUGCCCGAUGCUAGAUGCUGGAUGCUAGAUGCAUAGCCUCGGUUACGCGAUACAAAACAAACUCGUCGUUGUCUGUCUCGUCGAGAGACUAUAGAAUUUCGCAAUUCGAUAUUAAAUGUCUGUUCAACCUCGCUUCCUCUUCUCUUCUUUUCGCAAAAUAUUUUUCACUCGUUCUGCCAAGACCAAGGUAUUUCGGACAAUCUUCCAACACAUACUCGACGGUAUGUCGUUCGACUCUUUGGAAAGAUAAUUUUCUUUAGAAAUAUAAAAAAUCCGAGGAGCCCGACAGAACGUACGCAAGUGGCAGCAUGUAACUCGAACCUGUCAAGUUUACGAUCGACACAGUUUAGGUUUCCGAAAUGGUUCGUUAAACAUCUGUAUCGUGCCCCGUAUUCGUUGUGCUCGCGUCUUCACUUUCAUAUACUUGAAUAGAAUUCAACGAUAGAAAAUGUCCUCGACUUAUUUCAAAUGUGUAGAAAUAUCUUCCAGAUACUUUGUCCUCGGACAUCUAGAUAUUUGUCAGCUGUUAGAAUUUUAUGCUUAGAUUAUUAGACGUAGACUUUCUCUUACCGGUGUCGUGCGAUUUACCGAUUCAUUACCGGCUAUUCGACUUAAAGCAAUAUACGAUCGUCGCAUACUUGAGAUUUCAGCGUGCACUCUUAACGACAUUCGUUAUGAACAACGACAAAAUGCUCGACGUUUUAGUAAUUUCACUUGUUCGUAGUGCAUCGAAUGUUCACUUGGUUCGGUCCCGUAUCAUAUUUAUCUUUCUUUCUCUUUGACCGCUCCUCUAGUAUCACGGUGAAUGUAAUGCACCAUAUCGGUCGACUACACUACAGAAUCGUUAUUUCGAAGGGAAACCAUUUUAGCGGAAAAUACAGACCAACAGACCACUACUGCGUAUAGGAACGAUGUUGCAAUAAUUAAUGCGAUCGACACGAGUAGCCAUCUGAAUUGAUAUUUCUUAUCGGUUGCCGUUGAUGCUUGAUUAAAUCAUAAUUCGACCCGUCUCGAAAAAGAUUUCUAUCGGUGUUUAAACAUAUUGGAAAUCCAAAAAGUCAUCAAAUAUAGAAUUAAUCGCAACGAUCUCAAGCCGCAAAAUUCCAAUUAAUUGAUCAUCAGAGAUCAAGACUCUCGAAAGUGAACCUUGUGCUACUUUUCUGUCGAUAUUAAAUGAUUUAUAUGAAAGUGGCUUUCAAGUAUUUUCGUAUCUCUCUUUUACUUACAUUUAGCUUCUCUUUCUUUCGUUCUUCUUCGUCCAUUUAGCGGAUCGAUCUUUCAUACCGAUAUACAUAUGUAUUUCUGCGCAUUGUAACUGGCAUGUAACACGUACUACCCGAGAAGACGAAAUUGAAGUCGAGACGCAAAUAGCAUUUGAAACGUUGUAACACAUCAUAUCGUACGAGACGUGACGCCGUAAGGACGGUUGUUGUAACUGUUAUUCAAAGAAUCAACUGUUAGAAGACACUGUUUUGGCAUACGCGACAAUACAAUUGCAUGAAUCAAUUCAUCGAAUCGUUCUGAAAUAAGCGUCGAAUAAAAAUGUCAUUACGUAUUCCGUACUCUUUAAUCACAUUAUAAAUUA